AUGGAUGGACUGUCGUUAUUCUGCUACGGUCCAACUGUCUCUCCGGACGUUGUAUUUGAAGUUCUAGAUACAGAUCCAGACAGUUCUAAUCUUCACAUAUACAAGGCGAGAUUGCCUGAUCACAAACAGGUUGCUGUUCGGAACGCAAGCUACUCUGCAGUCAUCCCACAUCAGGGGGACUAUGUGGAUGGUCUCUUGGUCGAUGGACUUUCCGACCAAGACCUCCGGCAUAUGGACUACUUUGAAGGCUACGAGUUCGCUUCCGUUCCCGUAAAAGUACAGCUUCUUGAUCCAAUUGACAUACGCCACGGCGACCACGAUGGAAGAACCGAAAUCAACAACACAACCUUCAAAGCCGGUCUUUGUUACAUAUGGAAUGACUCUUACGACCGUCUGGAGUUGUAG